CUUUUCCAUAAACUAAAACUCUUCCCAAUCCCUCUGUUUCUAUUAACAUAUAUAUAACCCCUAAACACUUAGCUCCCUUAUAUUCAUUUCACCGCCUUCUCCGGCCAGCUAAAAUUCCCCUAAAACCAUUAACCAUGAUUAGCUUAAAAGCUCAAAAUGGGUUCUUUUCUUUUUCCAUUAAACUCAUCAUCUUCUUGGUGUUAUCAUGUCAGACCAUUCAAAAUGCGUCAGCACAGUCAUCAAAUGAACCUGGAACCGAAAAUCGUUUCCAAUACCCAAGUAUCAGUCCAGCAAUGGCUAUUAUCAUAGUUGUUCUUAUAGCUGCCCUUUUUUUCAUUGCUUUCUUCUCAAUUUACAUACGCAACCGUAACGCCACCACAGGUAGCAUCCGUCAAACGUUGUCGAUGCGACGUCGUGCAGCUGCUGCUACACGUGGACUCGAAAACUCCGUUAUCGAGACUUUUCCCACAUUUACUUACGCUGAAGUAAAGGAUCAUCAUAUUGGGAAAGGAGCUUUGGAGUGUGCAGUAUGUUUGAACGAGUUUGAAGAUGAUGAAAUGUUGCGUUUGAUCCCAAAGUGUGAUCAUGUCUUCCACCCUGAAUGUAUUGAUGCUUGGUUAAAGUCUCAUGUGACUUGUCCUGUUUGUCGUGCUGAUCUUACUCCUCAACCUGAUGAACCUGUACCGGUUCAAGCUCCUCAGGUGAACCAUGAAGGUCAAGAACAAGAAAGUACACAGAAUUUACCGCAAAAUAACGAAGUUUCAAUACAAAUAGAGCAAGAAGAGAGCUCAGUUAGACCGGAAGUUAAGCGAAAUUUGAGUUUCACCGGUUCAAACCGGCCACCAAGAUCUUUUUCUAUAAAGGGACCAAAGGUGUUAAGCAAAUUCAGGUCACAUUCGACAGGUCAUUCAUUGGUAGUACCAGGUGAGAAUUUAGACCGUUACACUCUACGAUUACCUGAGAAUGUUAGAAAAGAGGUAAUGAACCGGGCUUUACUAAACCGGACAAAGAGUUGUGCUGUUACACUACCAAGACAUGGUAGUUCUACAAGAGGGAGAUCAUUUAGACGAGUUGACCGGUUCGAUCAAGAAGCAAAGUCAGACCGGUGGGUUUUCAAGAUUGCACCACCAUUCUUUACAAGGGGUUCAUCAAUGAAAUCACCAAAAGUAAGAGCUGAUAAUGAAGAGGGGUCCACAUCACACAGUGUGAAAAUGGGAGUAAGAAUGCCGUCUUUCAAAUGCUUGGAACCGAAAGGUGAUGAACCCGGUUUGUUAGCAAAUGACUCGGCUCGAUCUCCGGUUUAAAGAAUUAAACCCGGUUUGGUUGAUUGCUGACUAGGCUAACGGUUUCAAUGAAAGUGUUUAAUUGCGCGGCGAAGAAAACUUUAUGUGCGCCGGCAAAUGAGGAGAACGCGUGGUCCAUUUGAUUUGGCCAAACUUUGAAACUUCCGCUAUUGACUUUAUUGCAAAGUAUAAUAAUGCCAAAAGUUGAAAUUCAAGGGGCUAUCGAUUUCUAGUGAAUUCUUUGAAAUGUUGAUUGAUUAAUUAUUUAAGUACAAAUAAUUUUCAACUUUUGGGUUUUUUUUGGGGGUGAGAUGGUAUUCAAUAGUUUGUGUGUUUAUCUAGUUGGACAAUGAUGUACUACCCCUCGAAAACACCUUUAAUGAUGUAAAUUAUAUUUUUUGUUCUUGUUUGAUAGAGUUGUGAUACUUUUCCUCUUA